UUGGGUCUAUUUUAUAUGCAAAUCUUAAGUCUGAACACUACAAUUUCUACUUGUACUUUUUCAAAUGAAACAGGAGGAAGAAAAGAUAGAGGAAUCUCAGGAUGGCAACAAGUCUCAUUCUUACUGAAAUUUUUGUAAAAGCCAAAAGGUCAGUUCAUGGGCUACAUUACCUCUUCUUCUUGAAGCACAAUAUGUGUGGUGGAUGCGGUCAAAAGCUCAGCUGAAGGCUUUGGAAUAUUUUUGUAUUUUGAUAAUGGACACGUUUAAUAUUCAAAGAAGGAUUUGGAAUAUAAACAUAAGAAAAAUAAAUUGGCCUGGAAUAGAAUAGAUGCUCUUCAAAGUUUAGCCUUUGGCAGAAAAGGAGAUUCAAAGAUGACAGAACAAUUGAUGAAAAAUAAGAAAAGAAUCCAACCACUAAUUCAUGUUGCUAUUGCGUACAUGUGUGUGUGUAUAUAUAUAUAUAUAUAUAUAUAUAUUCAAUCAUUCUGUGAAUAUCAAGCAAAAAGAAGGCAACAGUCCAGAAGACAAUAUCUCUAGUUUCAGUUUGAUCACUCAUGGCAUCAGUUCAAUGUAACAAGCCCACUGAGCAAAACAUUAAUCAUGUUCAUUCCUCCACCGUGAGCAACAAGAUUAGCACUCCAACUAGCCAAAAGCCAGUUGGCAACAAGACCAAUACUUCGAUGAGUCAAAUGGCUGUUUGCAACAAGACCAGCACUCCGACUAGCCAAAAAACUGUGUACAACAAAAAUAGCACUCCAACAGUCCAAAAGACAAACAAUGAGAACCACUCUUUCGCUGAAAAAAUGAGAGAAAUGUCACACAAAAUAUUUCACCGUGAACAUCAUACGAAAGCACCCAUCCAGAAAGGAGGUCAGCCUGUCUGCCAUGCGUCCUGUGCAACUCAUGGCACUCAUGCUAACCAUACCCAACAUUCUGCAACUCAUACUACAACUAAUGGAAAGAAAAAGACGGAAGGCCACUGCAUGCCUAUGAGGAGGAACAAACAAGAAAAAUACAAGUUCAGUGACAGCAGCAGCAGCAGUGAUGACAGCGAUAAUGAAAAGUGUGGAAGGAAGAAGAACUAAAAGAGGAGUCCUGCAAAAGAUCAGCUACAAGGAGUGCAAGGAUGGAAGCAACUUGAAUAAGGCAUAUUUCAUCUUUAUUUCUUAUACGUAAAUGGUGGAAUGAUGUGUCAUGUCAGUAAGUGUUUAUCAUAUUGAUUAUGCAAUGAAAAAGCUCAAUGUUGAAUUUUAGUCA